AUGUCACCCUGGGCACUGAUGAGGACAGUCACAUCAUCUGCAUAUGCUGUCAGCCUGACCGACAGGCAGCCCGCUGAGAUGGAGGCAGAUGGAAGAACAACAAUGGCCUGCUGCCACGCAGUUCUCAUGACACCCAUAACGUGCCAGGUGCAAGUGUCGAACUGGAAUGGGUCCCAGACGGUGUGCAUUUCUAGAACAAAGCAAUGGGGAUUGAAUUCAUCUACGAUGACUUUACAGUGGAACAAUCUCAGCCAGAUCUCCGAGGUGGCUCCAAAGAGCUUCGGGAAGCUGAACGAGGCAGCACUUCGACCCAGACAUGCUGCUUCGUACCCCGAAGCAUCCGUAGCUUCUCCAGAUCCGAAGCUUUGUCCGGAGCCUGGCACAGCCCUGUCUUUUAUGGGGGCAAAAGCCCAUACUAUACCGCUCUUUUUUAAGGACUUCUUGGAGGUUACUUUGCUGGACUUUUUGAAGGGCUUGUGGUUGGACCUUUUGAAGGGUUCCUGGCUGGAGUCUUCUCAGGAGUCCUGGCUGCAGGUUUUUCUGGAGUCUUGUCUGCUUUUCAAAGAAAGUGUCCAAGCAAGUUUGGACAGAUGUUCUCCAGGGAGAUGAGCGACACGGC